AUGCAUCAUAUGCAAGGGAACCUGCUGAUAAUAGCCUUUUUCAUCAUAUUGCGUCUGAACCAAGGAUACAUUGUUCUGAAUCGGCCGUGGGCAUUUGUCCAGUGGCUCCAGAAGGCAGACAUAAAGGAAGAGUAUAUCUUGAUGGCAGAGCCUGAUCAUAUUAUUGUCAAGCCUAUCCCAAACUUGUCAAGGGAUGGUCGCGCAGCAGCUUUCCCUUUCCUCUAUAUUGAGCUGGAGAAAAAUGAGAAAGUGUUGCGUAAGUUCUUCCCUGUGGACGAGGGGCCAAUGAAUAAGAUUGAUCCUAUAGGAAAUUCUCCUGUGAUAAUUGAGAAGGAAUCUCUUGCAAGGAUGGCACCUACAUGGGUGAAUGUUUCAAUUGUAAUGAAAAAAGAUCCUGAUGCAGAUAAAACUUUUGGUUGGGUUUUUGAAAUGUAA